AUGGACAACAACGGUGCUAAUGUCUCAGAUGGUAUCUACAGAAUUAUUCGAAGCUUCAAGAGUUUAUCUCACUUUUUCAUUCGUUACGAUGAGGAGAGAGAGGCAGAGAUGGAGAUUGGGUUUCCGACAGACGUGAAGCAUUUGAGCCACAUCGGAGUGGAUGGAACCAUGACCACUUUUGAUCUCUGUUCCACCACCACGACCUCUUCUUCAUCUUUUCCAUUCGCCGGUUUCCAUCUCACCGCCGUCUGA